CAGAUUAUAUUUUCUUCUUUUUUAAAGUUAACGUUUAGAGGUUAUGUGAACUCUGAUUUAGCAAUAAUGGCAAAAGUUGAACAUUUAGUAUUUUUAAAAUUAUAUUUAAUAUUAAUAAGUGUAGUAAAUUUAUCAAGUGCCAUUUAUGAAGAUCAAGUAGGAAAAUUCGAUUGGAAACGAUCGUUCAUAGGAAAAAGCAAAUUUGCAGAAAUUGAUUCCAAGAGAAUCAUCAUCGCCACUGAACAGAAUGUUUUAGCUAGUUUAAACCUCAAAAAUGGUCAGAUUUUGUGGAGACAUGUACUAGAAGACCCCAAAGAGUAUGAAAUUAAAUUAUUAUACAUAGACAGAGACAUAUACACAGUAUCAGGGACAAUAAACACCUGGAUAGUUAGAAGCUGGGACAUCAACACUGGGGCCCUUAUCACAGAAUGGCCGAUUAUUACCGAUAAACUACCACCUAUGGACUUCCGUGUACUAGAUGGAAAACUAAUCAAUAUCAUUCCAGUUGUCGGGUCCCAUUUGGAAGUUUCUAGUUACUACCUUUCUACAGGCGAAGCAAUCGAAAAGAACUUGAAAAUAUCAGCUCCUUGGGUAAAGGAUACUUCAAAUUGCGUGGUUUCCAGCUCUAAAUACGUGUGUUUGUCAAGUAAUGACUAUUCAGGUCAGUUAUAUUUUAUUGAUUAUCUUGCUAAGGAUGAUACAGUUCAUUCAAAAUCAAUACAAAGUAUCUUAGGUGAUGGCUCGGGACCAAUUAGUAUUAAGCAAUUGAACACAAACAUUCCAGCUUUUUUGUUAAUUUCAAAUAGAGUAGAAAAAUUAGUUGAACUAGAAAAUGAAAAUAUUAAAAUCAAAGAAAUUGAAAUUUCUGGAGAAACCUACAUAGCUGGAAAUGAGGAUAAACUGAUAUUGUAUCAGUUUGAAGCUAGUAGUACUCCUGAUAAGCUAAUUAGCCUUGUUUCUAAGGAAUACUCUUCAGGACAAGAGUUGUCGAGAGUUGACGUAGACUAUCCCAUAGGAGUAGGAGUGCCAGUAAUUAUCGCAAGCUCUUUAAAAGGUUCUAAUGGUAUCCUAGUGAUAAGCACAUCAGACAAUGCUCUAUUAACAAUUAAAAUACCAGAAGGUAAAGUCCAAUGGACUAUAGAGGAAGCUCUUAGCGAUAUAGUUGCUACUGAAUUUUUCGAAUUACCAAUGUCUGAAUUAGAUGCCUCAAUCGAAAAUGAAUUUAAAACAAAUUCUAAUAAUAUUAUUAAUAUGCUCGUCCACAGAUUAACUACACAGACUAAACAGUUGUCCAAUUUAAUUUUUGGUAGUCAGUUAUUAUCAGCUAACGGUUUAGUUAGAGAUGAAUUCGGUUUCCACAAACUUAUUGUAGUGGCAACGAAAGUAGGAAAAUUGUUUGCUAUUGACACUUUAUCUGGAUCGAUAGCAUGGAGUUAUAGGCUACCAAAUGUUAGACCUUUUAAGUUAUUGGACAAGGAAAAGAUGUUUCUAUUUGUACAAAGAACUGCUAGAUAUGCCCCUCUUCCUGCACUGUGUACACUUAUUGCUGAAGAUUCGACAAAUGGAAAUGCAGUUUUAUUUCAGUUCGAUCCUAUCACAGGGUAUUCCAUUAAAGGCAUUGAAAAGUUAGACUUCAAGCUUGCACAGGCAAUGUUGUUGCCAUAUGAAGAUGAAAAUAAUCUUAAACCUGUUCUGCUGCUUUCCUCCGAACAUCAAGCAACUGUGCAUCCACAAACGUCCAAGCUAUUUGUAUACAAUUAUAUAAAACAGAACCAUAUAUUCUUAGUAGAUAGUAAGAAAAAUAGCCUUAAGGGCUAUAACUUUUACCACAGUACCAAAGAAGAAUUUAAACUUACUCCUACAUGGGAAAUCAAGUUCAGUCCUGGUAAAAUAGUAUCAGUUAACACAAAGCAUCCCAACGAAAGGGUACAUUCCCAAGGAAGAGUUCUUCCUGAUAGAUCAGUGUAUUAUAAAUACGUCAAUCCUAAUCUAAUUAGUGUUGCCACAAUAAGUGAAGAUCCAGUUCAUAAGCAUGUAUUGAGUAUAUACUUAAUCGAUGGUAUUUCUGGCCUUAUUAUGUACUCGACAUCACACAAAAGAGCCAAAACUCCUGUUAAGGUAGUGCAUUCUGAAAAUUGGUUGGUGUACUCAUACUUCAGUGAGAGAUUUAGAAGAACUGAAGUUGUUUCUGCUGAAUUAUAUGAAGGGCAUGUUCAAAGUAAUAGCACAGUGUUCAGUUCCCAUGCUAUUAGCGUAUUACCUCAUGUCCAAACACAGUCUUAUAUAUUACCAGCCACUCCUGUUGAUUUAACAGUCACUUUAACAGAGAAAGGCAUAACAAAUAAGUUUCUGCUUCUUGGAUUGUCCACUGGAGUUGUCAUAGAGAUACCUUGGUUGCUUCUGCAGCCUAGAUUCAAUGAUAUACCUUGUGGUCCUGAAGAAAGUUGUAUUCCCUAUAUGCCAGAGGUUCCUCUACCCGCAGAGGCCAUCAUUAACUACAACCAGUCAUUAAGUGGCAUAAAGGGAAUAGAGGUAGCUGCGGCUAGACUCGAAAGUACUUGCCAUGUCUUAAUACAUGGUUUAGAUAUGUUUUAUACUCGUGUGGCACCUUCAAAGACAUUUGAUGUAUUGAAGGAAGAUUUCGAUUAUAUAAUGAUUGUACUAGUGUUAACAGGACUUGUUGUAGCUAGUUAUAUUACCAAAUACCUUGCUUCGAAAAAGACUCUAAAGCAAAUGUGGAAAUAGAUUGUUAACUAGUCAAUUUGAUGUUGUUUAAAUUAGAUUUUUUAUUACGAUUUGUUUCAAAAGUCUGUUCAAUAGUAAAUUGUAGUUUCUGAGAAUAGUUCAAAAUAUUUUAUAAGUAGAUAAAACGGUUGCCCGUUUAAAAAAGUGGUAUGUAUAUUGUUUUACUAUUUCAAUUCCUUUAUUUCUACUUUUACUUUAUAUCCUGAUACAAUGCUCAGUGUAAUGCCAUCAUAAAUGUAGAAUUUUGCAAAAAAAAAACAAUGAUCUAACAUGUUUAUAGUCAAUAAUGAAGUAAUGAAAUGGUUUCUACCAUUUUUAAUGACAAAUGAUAUUCAAAUAUACAGUAAAACAUCCAUUAACCUAAAUAAUUGGGGGCAGGCCGUUUCGGAUAACAAAAAUUUCAGUUAAAAAUAGCAUUGGUUUUUGUAUUCUUCUUGUAUCAAAUUAAAUAGUAUUCUUGUCAAAGUUGGUAUUAAAAACUACUAUGAGGUGAUUUCGUAAUGUGUUGUAUAUUUAAUUGCAUUCUUUAGUUGUAUGAAAACAAUGUUGGUGAUGUUGACAAAUGAACAUCAAAUUGUUUCCUUUUGUGAUAAAAAUUUACUUUUUAUUGACGAAAUUAUUGAAACUAUCAGCUGUUUUGGUCAAACAAUGUUUCGGUUAAAAAGGUUUCGGUUAACAGAGGUUUUACUGUAUAAUAUGUAUUAUACUAUACUGUUUUUAGAAUAUAAUCAUUAAGGGCCAGUUUCACCAACAACAAAUAAACCAGUGAAUAGUUGUGUGGUCAGCGGAAAAAAGUAGACAAGUCAAUUUUUGAAAAACAUUUUUAAUUAUUAAAACACCUAUCAAAAAAAAUAUCUACUGAAAUACAACAGAAAAUUAAAUUGUUAUAUGUGUAGUUCAAUAUCCAAUAUUGAAUUUUUUCAUAAUCAAAAUUUUAAUUUUAAUUAAUUAAUUUUAACUUUAAAACUCAAAAAGUGACUUGUCUGCUUUUGUCCACUGACCACACAGUUAUUCUUCAAAUAAAAUUUAUUAUAAAAAUACUUAAUUAUAAAAAUGCCACAAGGAAAUAGCUUCAGAACAACAUUAAAAUUUAUUAGUCGAAUGUUUCAAUACAGUUUUGAUAUUUUAAAGUUAAACUGACAAAUUUUCUGUGUUAUGGAUAUUUAAAGUGAGAUAAAAAUAAAAUAAGUCUUAUUUGACGUUGGUGAAACGUAGAUGUGUCAGUUUUAUUGGUCGAAUAACUCUAUUCAUCAAAUAAACAACUACUAUUCGUUACCAACCAAAUAAAUCAACUCCCUAUAUGACUAUUAGUGUUUAGAUUCCAUUUCUAUCUUCAAACUUAUUUUACUGAAAUUAUUGUGUAAGUGUUUAUCACAUAAUUUAAUUUUGAUAAAAUCAUUUUGAUUACAUUUGUUUAUACAGAUGUGGCCAUUGAAUAGUUUACUCUUACUUAUCUUACUCUUACAUACAUAGUGGAUUUUUUGAAUUUUUAUCUCCUUUAGAAGCAAAUUUAUGUGAAUGACCAGUGGCGGACCCAGAAUAGGUUGAUUGAAGUUAAAAAAACAAAAUGAAAUAAAUCAAUGUAACAAAAUUAUAUGUAACUUUCUUUAAAAAAGUACUUAAGUUUUUUUGAAUAAAAUCGAUUAUGUUUUUAAUAACAAAAAUAAGGAAGUAUGGGUUAAAAAUAUCCAUUGUAUUUUAAAUUUAUUUUAUAUUAAGUAAUGAUAAACAUUAACACAAUUAAUAUUUGGUAGAAGCUCCAUCAUUGUCAAUAAAACUUUGCAAUCUUCUAUUUCUAGGUAGCAUCAAUCUCCUCUUGUUAUAUUCAUCAAGUUCCUCCCAUACCUGCUCAAUUGCUUUCCAUAGUUCAAUUAUAUUCCAAGGCCCAAGGUUUCAUUCAUUUAAUUUGUUUUCAACUGUGCCCACACUACACAUAUGCACCAGGUAAUUUUCAUGUUGGAAGAUGAAGUUGUUAUUGGGAAAUCUCUGGAUCACUGAUGGCAACAUUAUGUUCUCAAGAUUAUGUUUGUAAUAUAAUCCUGUUAAUUUUCCUUCUAUAUGAGAACAAAUGAAGGGUACGGGAGAAGAAUGGCAAUAGUCCAUUUGGAUUUUGCUCGAGCACACUGAAAGAUAAGAUUUAUUAACUUAUUAUAAAGUCAACAUUAAAGAAAAAUAGUAAAAUAAUAAUUACUUGAUUUUAUAUUAUACUAUAUUGACUUUAUAAUAAGUAGAUAAUUCUUAAUUUUCGUGCUUGAGAUAAAUCCAAAUGGACUAUUGUCUUUCUUCCCCUGUACCCUUCAAAUGCCUGGGCCUUUAGCACUUAUCCAUUCCUUUAUGUUGACAAAGAUACCUCCACUAUUUCGUAAAUGAUGAAUAUAUUUUUCAUAAAACCUAUGAUUCCUCUGCCUAUAAACUCUUAUUUGAUGAUUACUAUAUGAUUGAAACACUUUCUCAUCAGAAAAUGCAACCUUAGACCAAAAGUUGUUUUCAUAGUUUAUGAAUUCAUUAUAUUAUAAUGCAACUGGUCUCCUAUUGUGAUCCUCAGUCAAAAAAGGUUUCCUUGCAGCUGCACAAUUUAUCAAUUCAUUUGCAAUCCUUCUACAUGGAGUGUAUAUGCUGCCUGGAAAUGCUGUCAAGCUUGGCAAAAAGAUCUUUCAAAUAAUCUACUAACACCUCAUCUUGUUGCCCGUUGGAGAUCUGGCCUCUUGAACCACCUAACUGUCCUAAAGGGUGAAAAUGAUCCCACCUUUGUUUGCUUUUCCAUAUGAACAUAUGGCCAUGUUCAAAUCUGCAGCUACUUGCCUUAGCGUAUGAGUUUGGCAAGUGCUCUUGAUUUUUUGUGCUUCAUUCAAAUGUAAAAUUUAUGUAUAAAUACAAUGCAUUACAAAAUAAAAAGGAAGGUGUAAACUAUUCAUUGACUGCAGCUGUACAUAGUUCAUGUAUGAUUAUGAUUGUUUUUAUUAAAUUAUUGAUAAGUAUUGGUAUAUAAUUUAAAUUACUACAAAUUAAAAAUUCUCAGUUAUGAUGGCCAUAAAAAUUGGUAGAAAAAAAAGAGUAAUGUCCUCUACUGACAUACAGGCUCUACAAUAUAUUAAUUGAAUGAAUUUCGAAUGCAUUUAGUUACUAUUAAGAAUGGCAACACAAAGUAUUCACUCGUUAAAUUAUUUUUGGCUAGCUAUUAUGUAACCAUUAUACUGAAGUCAUUAUUAAUUCAAGUACUAAAUCAGUAUUUAAAGUAUUUAUUUGUAAAAUUCUCUUUCUGCACUGACUUUUGAAAUACAUAUUAUUAAGUUCAGUUGAAUCAUUUUCUAAGACAAGCUGAAAAGGUGAUCAGCACCUUCAGCUGGUUUUGGAGAUGUGGUGUAUGCAUUUUGUAAUUUGUUAUGUAUUUGAUAAAUAAAGGUAAAAUGAAUGUCUCAAGGGGUGUGUAUUGUAAAUUUUAUUUGUUAAAAUUUUACGAAUCAAACAAUUUGUAUGAACCAAUUGUUGUUUAUUUAUUUUUUUUUGGAAAAAAUACAAGUGUCACUGAAUA